AUGUACGAAGUAAUCAAGAGCAAGAUGCAGAGUGAUGCGUUUGGCAAGGAUCAGAAGUACAAGAGUAUGAGGGAUUGCUUCGCGAAGACGUACAAGGGCGAGGGCUUGGGUGGCUUUUGGAGGGGUAUUGGACCGACUUUGCUCAGGGCUAUGCCAGUCUCGGCAGGCACAUUUGCUACGGUCGAGGUCACGAUGCGAUUGAUCAGCUAA